AUGCCGGAAUCUCACACCGCCGCCUUGAACGACUACCAUGGUGGUUCUACCUCUGGCUUGCACCAUGUAAACGUCGUUGAUGAGAGCAGUCGCUGCUCCAACUUGUACCAUCCGUCGUAUACGAUGUCAGAAGCCAUGACAUGCACCAUGGACUUGCCGCCACCACAAGUCAUGUCAGGAGGAGGCCAGCAAGAUGACGCGGUUACGGAUGGUCGUGGAGAAAAUGGAGAGCAAACUAUUCAGGUUCCUGAAGUUGGGAAAACAUUUGAGUCAGAGAAAGACGCCUAUGACAUGUACAACACAUAUGCCGGCAAAGUUGAAUUUAGUAUUAGAAAGAACCAGACAAAGCGUCGAGAUGAUGGUACUGCACCACAGGAGGAGGCCGGCCAUGGCGACACCGGAUCUGGCAUCUCCGGGGUCCUCUACAAGUGGGUCAACUACGGCCGCGGGUGGCGGCCCCGCUGGUUCGCGCUCAGCGAUGGCGUGCUCUCCUACUACAAGAUCCACGGGCCCAACCGCAUCGACCUCUCCCGCGACACCGACCGCGGCGCCAAGGUCAUCGGCGAGGACUCGCUCCGCCGCCUCGCGCGCCCCUCCUCCGCCUCCGCCCCCCACUCCAACGGCCACGGCCACCACCAGACGCCCCGCAAGCCCCUCGGCGAAAUCCACCUCAAGGUGUCGACCGUCAGAGAGAGCAGAUCGGACGACAGGAGGUUCUCCAUCUUCUCGGGGACCAAGAGGCUGCACCUGCGGGCCGAGACGAGGGAGGACAGGGCCGCGUGGCUCGAGGCGCUCCGUGCCACCAAGGAGAUGUUCCCGAGGAUGUCCACCAGCGAGAUGGUCGGGCCGGGGGACACUGCGGCGGCCGCGGCGGUCUCCACCGAGCGCCUGAAGAAGCGCCUGCAGCAGGAAGGGGUCAGCGAUGCUGCCAUUGCUGACAGCGAGAGGAUCGUGCGGGAGGAGUUCGAGGCGCUGCACAAGCAGCUUGUGCUUCUCAAGCAGAAGCAGGCGCUACUCCUUGACACGCUCCGCCACCUAGAGGUAUUCAUAUCUAUCUGA